AUGCCUUGCUUCCUCAAUAUCCCGCGGGAGCUCCGCGAUCAGAUCUACGAACUCGUGCUCGACUCACCGAACGCCGCACCUUCAUCGCCCAAAUGCUACCAAGGGAACUCCGCCGAACUUCUCAAACACGAGACUCCAUACAUCGAACUAAGUUACUGCAACUACGCCCCCCGCGAUCUCCCUCUCAGCGCCAGCCGCUCCCUCCUCCGCCUGAACCACCAAGUCCGCGAUGAGACCCUCGCCAUGCUAUCCCACCUCACCACCACCCGCGGAUCUCGCUAUGUUCUCGACAUCAUGAUCGAAGAUGAAGUCCGGCUUUACCCAACCUGGCUCCUUAUCCCGUGCAGUCCAGCCGUGAAUCCGCACAUCGACACCGUGUCAGUCACCUUCCGCAUCUUCGGCGACAUGCGCGAGCAGCGCUCAGGCUGGGAGAUCAGCGACAGCGGGCCCGGCGAAACGGUCUGGGGCCUGCACGCGCUGAUCCAACGCUUCCUGUCGUACGGGCCCGAAUGGCGCGGUCGGUGUCGACUGGCCCAGUAUCCGAUCAUCACGCUGGGGACGCUAGAUCUCAACGUGCUCAGCCCACCAGCGCCGGUGGAGGGGGCAUUCCGUGCAACUCUGAGGCGUCGGAGUGAGGACACCGGGACGCUGCAUCCCAAAGCGGUAGUUAGCGCGAUGAGGUUCGGCAUGGAUAUCCUGCUUUCCAGGGCUGAGGAGGCGGAAGCGCAUGGCAGGCUUCUGUACGAGAGAGUUCAGCGAGUCAGGCUUUCGCUCGAUGGUAAGGUGCGAAAAGUUUGGGAUCUGAGCGUUUUGGCUGCGAUGGAGGUUACCGAUCCGGACCGAGGAGUACGCCUACCAGACAAUCAGGAGCCAUCAGAGGGUCAAACGUGA